CCCACCCCCCACCCCCACCCAGCGGUGCCGCCGCCGCACAAAGUCCAACCCUAGAUCCAGCGCCCGAUCCGCGGCCAUGGCGACGCGCCGGGCCCUCUCCUCGCUCCUCCGCUCGGCCUCCCGCGCGCGCGCGGCCUCCCCGUCGCCGCGCGCCCCGCGCGCGGCGCCCCUCCACCGCCCGUCCCCGGCCGGCUACCUCUUCAACCGCGCCGCUGCCUACGCCACCUCCGCGGCCGCCGCCGAGGCCCCCGCCGAGAAGCUGCCCCCGACCUCCGACAAGUACGUCGGCGCCAAGAUCACCGACGAGUUCACCGGCGCCGGCUCCAUCGGCCAGGUCUGCCAGGUCAUCGGCGCCGUCGUCGACGUGCGCUUCGACGAGGGCCUCCCGCCCAUCCUCACCGCGCUCGAGGUGCUCGACAACAGCAUCCGCCUCGUCCUCGAGGUGGCCCAGCAUCUCGGCGAGAACGUCGUGCGCACCAUCGCCAUGGACGGGACCGAGGGGCUCGUCCGCGGCCAGAAAGUCCUCAACACCGGAUCCCCCAUCACUGUUCCUGUUGGGAGGGCCACCCUUGGACGUAUCAUUAAUGUUAUUGGUGAGCCGAUUGACCACAAGGGUGACAUAAAGACACACGACUUCCUUCCUAUUCAUCGUGAGGCCCCUGCUUUUGUUGAGCAAGCCACAGAGCAGCAAAUUCUUGUUACUGGAAUUAAGGUCGUGGAUUUGCUUGCACCUUACCAAAGGGGUGGGAAAAUUGGUCUCUUCGGUGGUGCAGGAGUGGGUAAAACUGUUCUUAUUAUGGAGUUGAUCAACAAUGUUGCCAAGGCCCACGGUGGUUUCUCUGUUUUCGCUGGUGUUGGAGAACGUACCCGUGAAGGUAAUGACUUGUAUAGGGAAAUGAUUGAAAGUGGUGUCAUUAAGCUAGAUGAGAAACAGGCUGAAAGCAAGUGUGCUCUUGUCUACGGCCAAAUGAACGAGCCCCCGGGUGCUCGUGCUCGUGUUGGUCUGACUGGUUUGACUGUUGCUGAACAUUUCCGUGAUGCUGAAGGACAAGAUGUGCUCUUGUUUAUUGACAACAUUUUCCGUUUCACCCAGGCAAACUCUGAGGUGUCUGCUCUCCUUGGACGUAUUCCAUCUGCUGUGGGAUACCAACCAACUCUUGCCACCGAUCUUGGAGGACUGCAAGAGCGGAUUACGACGACAAAGAAGGGUUCUAUUACAUCUGUCCAGGCUAUUUAUGUGCCUGCUGAUGAUUUGACAGAUCCUGCUCCUGCUACCACCUUCGCCCAUCUUGACGCUACUACUGUGUUGUCACGACAGAUUUCUGAGCUGGGCAUUUACCCUGCUGUCGAUCCUUUGGACUCGACAUCAAGAAUGCUUUCUCCCCACGUUCUGGGUGUGGAUCACUACAACACUGCCCGUGGUGUCCAGAAGGUUCUUCAGAACUACAAGAAUCUUCAGGAUAUCAUUGCCAUUUUGGGUAUGGAUGAGCUCAGUGAGGAUGAUAAGAUGACGGUUGCUCGCGCAAGGAAGAUCCAGAAGUUCCUGAGCCAGCCUUUCCAUGUUGCCGAAGUUUUCACUGGUGCUCCAGGGAAGUAUGUGGAUCUAAAGGAGGGCGUCCAAAGUUUCCAGGGUGUUUUGGACGGCAAGUACGACGACAUCUCGGAGCACGCGUUCUACAUGGUUGGAGGCAUCGACGAAGUCAUCGCCAAGGCGGAGAAGAUCGCCAACGAGAACGCUUGAUGGCGAGGUGUCACCGCCGCCCUGUACAAGUUAAAUUUUUUGGGUUUUCAGCUGUUCGCCCGAGACUUGCUCACGAGCAGGAGUGUGCCAGCUCCUGCUGAGGGAUCCUUGUUUUUGUUCGUUUUUACUCCAAUUUACCCGUAAUAAGCAACUGCAGUGACAUUGGUUUAGUCUGCACAACAGCAACACUACUCUUGGCUUUGGAAAAAAAACUUGUGCCCUUUGUAAUGCAGAUCCGACAGAUCAUGAAUUGGUUUAGUUUAUUGUUGUUGGCGAA